GGGUUUCCUCAUCAGUGCGGACUGCAGACAGGCUUUUCCGGUCAUUCCGUGCGUCCCGAUGAUCGCUGUUGCUGCUGCUGCUGCUGUGAUGAAGAGGAUGAGACUGUCCUGUGGCGGAUCAUCUGACAGACCGGACUGCUGAAGGCUCCCACUCGUUUCUCCUCGGAUCUUAUAAGACACCGGCAAAAGCUCCAUGAGUCUCCACCUUGAAGACUAGAACACAUCCAGACUGCUGUAGUGUCCUGACAUGAUGGGGGGGUCACUCUGGAUUUCCCAUGGUGCCUCUGAAGCGGUGUUUAGAGGAAGGAGCUUCAUCACUGUUCUACCUCUGGCUUUAUUGUUGCCAACAGUGAGAGUCAGUGCACAGUUCAUAGCAAGUCCUCUGGACUGCCAAAAGACCUGUGUGUGUGCCAGCAACAUCGUCAGCUGUUCCAAGAUGAAUCUAACCAACGUCCCCAUUGCUCUUCCUACAUAUACAGCUGUUCUGGACCUGAGCUUUAACGACAUCACCAAGCUACGUGCUGAGUGGACCCCUGCGGCUCUUACCCGACUACACACCCUGCUGCUCAGCCAUAACGGCCUCACCUUUCUCUCCUCUGAGGCGUUUGUUUAUGUGACAAAGCUGCGUUACCUGGACCUUUCCUCUAAUGGGCUCCGCCUGCUGGAUGAGUUCAUUUUUGAGCCACUGGAGCACCUGGAGGUGCUGCUGCUUUAUAACAACCGCAUCUCUCAGAUAGACCGCUCUGCCUUCUCCGGCCUCGUCAACCUGCAGAGGCUCUACCUUAGCCAGAACAUGAUCACACGCUUCCCCUUGGAGCUGGUGAGGGAGCGGAGCCGGCUUGAAACUCUUAGACUGCUGGAUGUGUCCUCCAACCGAAUCAAAGCCCUGCCCCUCCAUGAGCUUCAGGCUCUGCCCGCCUGGAUCAAGAAUGGCCUGUACUUCCACAACAACUCACUGCCCUGCAGCUGUGAGGUGCAUGAAAUGGUGGCACGCUGGCACCUCAAGGAGCUCAGCUCUGUCAUGGACUUCAAGGACAGCCACACUUGUGUGUUACCAGGCCCACAGAAAGAGAAAAUGGCCAUACUGGACCUGGACAAGGUCUAUUUGAACUGCAGUGAGGUGAAAAUUUUGGACAAAGAAGCCUAUCUGGAGCAGUUCCUGGUACUGGACUGUGACACCAGGGAGAAGGACAUGAAAAAGUGUUGGGUGCUGCCUGGAAACAUCCCAGUGUCUCCACUAGACAAGACAUUUGUGGUGCGUCCUGAUGACAGCCUUCAGAUUGGCCCUCUGAAGGCAGAGGACUCGGGGGUCUACACUUGCUAUGCCAACAGUGACUCCCUCAAUGAGACAAUAUAUGUUACUGUAAUGGUGUUUAAUUCCACCAAGAGUGGUGGACUGGAGAACCUAAAGACGGCCUACACCACCCUCGUAGCAUGUCUGAUCAGUAUAGUUAUGAUUCUCAUCUACCUCUACCUCACACCCUGCCAAUGCGCUUGUUGUCCAGGUCAGGGCCUGACAAAAAGCGACGCCGGAGACAGCCUCCACUCCUCAACCGUUAGCAUCUCUCAGGCACACGAAGAGACGGGGCAAGAACGAGUGGAAGGCGGAGGCUUCGCCUACAGACAUGCGGCCUUCCUGCAACACAAGGAGCAGCUGGAGCAGAACGGGAGGUUGAACCCAAUAGGUGAGGAAGAUGAGGAGUGGCAGGGGGAUAACACGGAGAGAAGGAGGUCUAACACAGAGUCUGUCAGCUCUGUGUGCUCUGAUACCCCCAUGGUGGUGUAACAGUCAGUGCAUGGCCUGCAGGAUUAGAUAGUGAUGGCUCGACUCACGUGGAUGCACCACAGAGAUUUCUAUGCUUUGAACAUGCAAGAUUCAGAAGGUAAAGCAUUAGUGGGCUCUCACAGCUGGCAGCACUGUUACAGUAGCAUGUACAGUGAGUGGAUAAAAAAUAAAAUAGAGCAACGUCUUGAUUAAAAAUCACCCCAAAACAUGUCGAGAAAUGUGGUUAAAAUGAAUUGUGAGCUAAUAUAUUUUGAUGAAUGCAUUUAUUCUAUGACUUUACUUAAUUUGUCUUUUUAAAAAUGCUUUUAAUGCUCCUAUUAUUUCAAUAAUUUCACUUUUACUGCACAUUAUUGGCUGGAUCUGCAAAAAUAAUUGCUAUGCAAAUAAGAACAUACAAAUUUAAAAUAUAUUUUUAGCUUUUUUUAUGGAAGUCCCUAAAAAAUUAAGACAUACUAACUCCUAGCACUAAUUACUCAGAGACAACAAACAGCAUGAAAGCCGCUUGCAUCUAAACAUCCUGAGACCGCACUUUAAAUAAAAGUUAUCCAGCUUUUUUAUGCAGUCGGGAUGAAGGCACUACAAAGAUUCAAGUUUCAGUGAUGUUGGACAAACGUUGCUGCUUGAAAGAGAAGCUACUUUUUAUGCAGAGCUUGCAGAGCUCACCUAAUUAUCACUGCGAGAUGUUUAAUAUUAAUGCCGUGUUUUACAUUCCUGUUUGGUUUUGUCGGCCUUUAGAGGACACAAUACUGUAAGGAUUACUCUUAUGCAAUUUUAUCCUUUCAUGUUAUUUUAGAUUUGAGGGUGAUUUACGCUCAGUUAAUAAUAUAUGUGUUUGCAGUAAGUGACCUUCUGUUGAAGUGUUUUUUUAAAUACUGCUUGGUAUGCAAGUCUAUUUUAAGUCGUGUUUGCUUCAGCGUAAUGACAGAAUCAUUAAACCAGCCUGUUGUAAUACAUCGUACUUUUACUGUAAUUCACUUUACUCAGAAAUCAUAAUUUCUAUUAAAUUUAGUUUGAUUUGUUUCUCCAUAACAAGACACACAUCAUGACAAAAGGUUUUCAGAUAAACAUGAGGACAUCCAGUGUGGUGGCAGUUAUUAAAGGUAUACUAUGCAGGGAUUUACCAAACAGACCUAUACAAAAGUAAUCCCUAUCAGACAUCACAUAUGACCUAUACGAGAUGUGUGGUGGUGUUUUUUUUCUGCAGAGUCUCUGCCCUCUGACUUAUUUUGCUGUGUUCAGGACGUCUCUGGACACAGCACGCAGAUGAGGUCAGGACGUUUUACAAGGUAUAAAUCAGGUGCCAGACUGUGAGCAGCACACAUUAAAGAGGAAGCUACAAAAAUAUCAGGACCAGGGCCAAUAAAAUGCAAAUAUUGUGAGUCAAAACACCAACCAAAGUGGAUCUGGGGUUGGUUCUUUGUUUCUCUUUUGCUGGCGAUACUGUUGCUGUAGUGGCAGUCCAUCUGAAUAUCAUGAACGCCACAAAUGAGCUGUCGGCAGAGUAACUUAAGUCUGACAGCUUAAAAUGUUUACUUACAAAGUUGAAAUUACACUUAGUCACACAGUAGAAAAACUAUGUGCUCCCAUGCCCUCCACAUGAUGCAAAUUACAAAAUUAAAGGGAGUGUUGUCAUCAAAAUCAACAUACAUGUAUUUUAGUCUUUUGACAUUUUUAUACAAUAUCUAAGUUUUAUACAAUGUCUGGAAACAAAUUCGGCAUGAUAUUUAAAUUAACUUAUAUUAUAUUUACACAUUGUGGCUCCUAUAGUUGCCGACAAUUCCUGCAUAGUAUACCUUUAAUGUAACACUGAUCACAUACACACUGACUAUUAACAGAUAGUACAUGAUAUAUCGGUUUAAGAUGAGCCAGUUUCCACCCAGUAAUUGAACUGCAAGGUACAUUUUCAGGUGACACUGCAGAAAAUAUUGAACACAGAAACACCUUUUUAGUAAGAAUAAGUUCCAGUAUCUGUGUUAGACACAGACAUUGAUCUCCUUAUUGCAGCAUGUCUACUUAUUCUAAAUACUUUAGGCCUUAUAUGCAUUCAUGCCAUUUUUAAACAGACAGAUAUAUCACGGCUGACAACUCUUUGCCAUCAGUGUAGCCACUGCAGGUUUCAGCCUCAGUUAUUCAGUCUGAACUGUUUAGAAAGGGUUAAUCAUGUUCAAAAACACUAUAAAGCCAUUUCUAGUGUAGACUGGCUACAUGACAGCACGGUCAAACUCUAAAAUAAAAUACCUACUUUAUGCAGUUAAAACAAUAUGCUCGGUGUCAGACUCAGUCUGCUAACAUAAAUGUACAUCCCGUCACAUUGGGCCGUUAAUAGCAGCCAGGAAGCAUCGCCCCGAGGGAAACAACUGAGAGCAAGUACCAUCCUCUGAAUGCUUCUGGGCAUUAGAGCCCAACCCUCAACAAAUCAGCAAAUGCCAGCCAGCAGUCUCAUAAACACAGUCAGAAAUAGCAGCUAGUAGUGCAGCCAGCAAACAGGCCGCCUGACGCUGAUGAAAUGUAAAUAUAGAAGUAGCUGUUUUCAACAAGUCUUAAUUUCAGUGACAUCGCUGGAAUACCUUCAAAUUGUUGAUUUUAGAAGCUUGCAAAUGCUGUUGUUCAGGCACACGAGGACGUGAAUCAGAACAAGUUAUGUUUUCACAAACUUUAAGUCACUGUCGCUGAUGAAUUAUGAUCAUAGAAUAUAGUUUAAAGUAAUGCUACUAUUAAUAUAAACAUAGUUAUUCAUACUAAUAGAAUAAAAACAGUGGAGCAAAUGAAGAGCAGAACAGAUGACACAAGUAGCAAUGUACAGUGAAUAUACUUUUAUUCCGAAAUAACUACUAACCUGUGACUUUUCAUGGUGCUUUUUCAAGAUAGUUUAGGUGAAUCAACACCUGUGAAAGUUAUAGCUCUGAAAAUAUCCUGUCAGCGUGGUCUAAUAGUAUUAUAACCUAGCUACAUCAUGAGGAACUCCACUGACGUGUAUCUCUCAAAGGGGCACAUACUGUCUACUGUAUGCUAAUGUUGUAUAUGCUGUUUCAAAGUUAUAACCAAAGACUUCAUGCUGAGAAUAAAUAGCCUACAUGUUCAGUGUUUACAGUCAGCACAGUCAUGUUAUCAUUAGUCUGUUGAAGUUACCUUCUGUAUUUCUGUGUUACACCACAAACUUAUUAUAUGCAAUCCUGUAUAAGGACUUACUGCAUUUUAUUAUUUCCUGUAUUGUAUCUUGUCUGUUAUUGUAUUGUUCCUGUAUUUCAUAAACUGCAAAAAUAAGGCAACAAAGA